UAUCCAUAUGUGGAUCCUUCACUAGUGAGAAGUGACACAAUCAGACAAUCCAGAAAGACUGUUAGGUGUGUGGUACGUCGCUACAAGCAGAUCUUCAUCAAUUAUUGGAUCACGGAACCAACACAUCGCGAGGAACUUCUCCACGGCUCUAAUCAAUUCAGCGAACACCGGAUUUUCUUUGAACUUGAUUUUUUAUUCUCCUCCUGCUGUAAUAUUUUGACUUAGUCAAGAGUGGCGAGCCCAAACGAGAAAAAAAUAAAAGUCAAGAGUGGUGAGCCCAAACGAGAAAAAAAUAAAAGGAAAAUUGACCUCAAUAAUGAAGCCACAGUGGUCGCUUCAGAUUAAAGAGGUCGAGAGUGCAGGAAGGAAAGAGAAAAGAAGAAAAAGAAGGGAAAGAAGAAGAAGAAGAAAAGAGAGGGAAAAGAGAGGGGUUUUGCGUAUUCCCAUCAUGGAGGCGAUGUAUCGCAAUGCUCGGUUCGUGGCUUAGCAGCCGUUAGAGUGAGAUUGUUAUAGCUGGAACUUUUGGGAGUCAGAUUUUAUUACAUUGAGGUUGCAUCCUUUUGGUGGAAGGAUGGCCGCGUCAUCCUCCAUUCUUGAUGGUUUUGGGGUGUGACACCUGCUAAGUCUAUUUGCAAGAAUGAAAGACUAAUAUGGACAGUCCAUUACAAGAUUUCUCUAGCAGAUGGAUAUUCUGUGUUUUUCUGUACUCUAUUGUAUUUCAAUUUCAUUGUUUUCGCUGGCAGAAGUAUGCAAAUCAGUUGAUGUGUUAAGCUCAUCUGAGCCAAUUCGUGAUGGUGACACUCUAGUUUCGGCAGGAGAAAAGUUUCAGCUAGGUUUCUUCAGCCCUGGAAACUCCAGCAACAGAUUCCUCGCAAUAUGGUACCACAACAUCCCAGAAAAGACCAUUGUUUGGGUGGCAAAUGGAGAUAAUCCGGUGAAUGAUUCGUCAGGGGUUCUGAGGAUAGGUAAUGAAGGUAAACUAGUCCUUGUCAACCAAGCAGAAAGAGUCUUGUGGUCGUCGAAUAACAUGAAUACUUCUUCACAAAGCGUAGUUGCUCAGCUCCUGGAUUCUGGAAAUCUAGUUUUGAAAGAUGACAGUGAAAAUGUCUCCGGAAACUAUCUUUGGCAGAGUUUCGAUCGUCCCUCCAACACAUUAUUGGCGGGCAUGAAGCUCGGGUGGGACCUGAGGAUGGGUUUGGACCGGCACAUGACAUCCUGGAAGAGCGCAGAGGAUCCCUCAACUGGAGACUUCACCUACGGUGUCGAUCUUGGAGGAAUAAUUCCCCAACUAGUCAUACGUAAGGGACGUGUCAAAUACUUCCGAAGUGGGCCUUGGAAUGGAAUACAGUUCAGCGGGGUUCCGUUGACUCCUAAUUUGAUAUUCAUCCCCAAGUUCGUCAACAAUUCUCAAGAGGUCUACUACACGUUCAACAAUUUCAAUGAGUCCACCAUCACGAGGUCGGUAUUAAACGCUUCAGGGAACCACCAACGGUACCUGUGGAACGAGGAAACGCAAGAGUGGACCGUGAUUUAUAUGUUGCCGCAUGAUGCCUGUGAUGUCUAUGGGAAUUGCGGGCCCAAUACCAUGUGCAUAGUCGGUGAUUUUCAAAUAUGUAACUGCAUGACCGGUUAUCAACCGAAGUCACAGGCAGAAUGGGAUAGCCUUGUGUGGUCUAGUGGGUGUGUCAGUAAGAACCCAUUCAAUUGUUCUAAAGGAGAAGGGUUUAAGAGGCUCGAAGGUGUGAAAAUUCCUGAUUUGUUGCAGUUCACAAUGAACACUAGCAUGAGCCUUAAGGAAUGUGAAUUCGAGUGCUUCAAGAACUGCUCAUGCAGGGCUUACGCGAACAUAGAUGCCACUGGAGGUGGAAGUGGCUGUCUCCUAUGGUUUGGAGAUCUUCUUGACGUCAGAAAACUCAGCGUACAUGCGAAUCAAGAUCUUUACAUUCGCGUUUCAGCCUCAGACCUUGAUUCAGUGAACUCCAAGUGGAAAGAAUGGGUGGCAGUGGCAAUUUCCGUGGCAUUUGUCGUGCUUUUGGUGGUGCUUUAUUUCUGCAUUAUUUGGAAGAGGAAAAAACAUGCUCAAGGAACAGGGAUAACAUUCGACCUUCCAGCUGAAGAUGAGAAUAGCUUACAGCUUCUGAUCUUUGAUAGGAUCACAAUUUUACAGGCAACUAACAACUUUUGUGAUUCAAAUAAGUUAGGAGAAGGUGGUUUUGGCCCCGUAUACAAGGGUCAGCUGCCAAAUGGGCAAGAAAUAGCAGUCAAGAGAUUGUCAGAAGACUCUCGGCAAGGUCUCAAUGAAUUCAAGAAUGAGGUCAUGUUGAUCGCGAAGCUUCAGCACCGAAAUCUUGUGAAGCUUCUGGGGUGUUGCAUCGAAGAAGAGAGGAUGCUAAUCUACGAGUACAUGCCUAAUGGAAGCCUAGACUCUUUCAUAUUUGGUAAAACAAGGGAAAAUUCUCUAGUAUGGAGAAUGCGAUUUGACAUAAUCGUAGGAAUUGCGAGGGGCCUCCUUUAUCUCCAUCGAGAUUCGAGAUUGAGAAUCAUACAUAGGGAUCUCAAAGCAAGCAAUGUGUUACUCGACAAUGAGAUGAACCCUAAAAUAUCAGAUUUUGGCAUGGCUAGAGUCUUCGGCGGAGAUAUAUCUCUAGUGAAAACUAAGAGGAUAGUCGGCACUUAUGGUUACAUGGCGCCAGAAUACGCAAUAGAUGGGCUUUUCUCGACAAAAUCAGACAUUUUUAGCUUUGGAGUAUUGUUGCUGGAGAUAAUAAGCGGAAAGAGGAAUAGAGAGUUCAAUCAUCCAGACCAUUGCUUCAAUCUUCUUGGACACGCCUGGAUGUUGUGGCUUGAAAGGAAGGCGAGCGACUUCAUAGAUCCACAACUUCCGAAUUCUUUCGAUCUGUCAGAAGUCGUAAAAUGCAUACAUGUCGGGCUAUUAUGCGUGCAACGGCGUCUUGACGAUAGACCAAAUAUGUCGACUGUGCUUCUGAUGUUGGACAGUGAGAGCGCUUCGCUGCCACAGCCCAAGCAGCCCGGUUUCUACAUUGAGAGGAGCUCUGAACACACAAAUGUUGAAAUGAGUGGAAGAAAUUGUAACUCAAAUGAGAUUACCAUAACAUUAUUAGAAGGUAGAUAGAUUGCCAAGCAUGUGUAGUCCCUCACUUCUGCUAGGUAUUUCCAUUGUGAGAUACGCUCAAAGUUCACUGAAAGCGAUGUACCUAGUCAUGGAAAAAAUAAAAAAAAGGUGAAGUUUAACGCU